AUGAGGAUGAGAAGAAUAUCGACAUAGUUUAGCACAAAUGGUUUGACUGAUUAAAGUGAUCAGUCAUAGAAGUAUGUUUUGUAUGAUGAUCACUCAGAAACUGAGUAUGAUAAAUGCGACAAUUUAAUACAAUAAAUUAAAAGAUAAUAAAAUCAAGAAAAUACUACUACUAUUAUUAAAAAUGGUAUUGAAAAAAGCAAUCGUAGUAUCUAAGAAAUUUAUUACAAAUCUGUAUUAAGUGAUGAGGAGAUUGAAGAAUCGAAGUUGGAAUUUUCAACUAUUGAGGAUAAAUAAUCGUUUGAUUUCUUUGAUAAAGUUUUAGAAUCAACUAGAUCUUCAGAUUCCAGGCCUUCAUUCUUUUGUAAAAGAAGAUCAAUAAAAUCAAUUUUCGUUAGUUAAGCAACUUCAGAAGCUAUAUAGCUUUAAUAAAACUUGUAAUAACAGGAAGAAAACUAGAGAAUUAUCUGCGCAUUACAAAAAUAAAAUUAAUAACUUGCAAAAGAGGAGUAAAAAUUGCUGGAAUUAAUUAAGAAAAAAGAAUAAGAACGUAUCAGAUAAUUAUAGAUUUCGAAAGAAAAAUAUGAAAAAGAAUUAGCUGUAAAGACUGUUUAGGCUAAAAUAUUAGAAUAAAUUAGACAAAUUAAUGAUAAAAAUCAGCUUCAAGAAAUAGCCAAUGAUCGAAUAAACAACACUAGCUUUAUGUCCUCAGGACAAAGUUAAAACCUAUUGAAAUCUUAUGCUGGUGAGCAAAGAGAUAAUAUUUAAUAGCUCAAUGUAGCGAAAGCUAUAUCUAAUGUUGAAAAGAAGAACAUUGAAAUUAUUAGAUCUAUUUAAGGUAAAAAAAUCAAAAUAAAUUUGCAGAUCUGCUACAAAAAAUUAGGAAAAGAUGUGCUAUUGGGAAAAGACUAGAUAAUUAAAACAAAUGUAACUGCUAAGAUUAUUUAGAAAAACAAGAAUUAAAAUUAGAAAUGA